CCCGAAACGGACGAAGGGAUUCAAGUGGACAGUGAAUAUUGAGCAUGCGACCCUCGAAGCUCUCAAAAAUUCCAUACGUGCAGUAUACCAAACGCCAGCACUUGAAAUGAUGGAGCGGUGUUCAACAUGUUUCAAGUUUAUCGUGUUUAUAGAGACACCCUCGAAGCCUUUUGCAGAAUGGACAUUUCCAAAGAUAUGCCAACUGUAUGGACUCGGUGAAACGGAUGAUCCGUCAUUAUCAGCAUGCCUCAAGACCAUUCCAAUCAGUGGAAAUGAAGCAUCAAAAUCGCAAUACGUAUGUCCCUACCUGAUUGCCAGUGCAAAUUUAUUCGAAGGCAA